GCAAUUUAGCUUAAAAAAUUACUUAGCUUAAAAAGAGCUUAAAUGUACCAACAUCACGUGACGUCAGUGCCGUAAAGCGCCAGCGGCUGUCGUGAUUCGGCACAUGUGUAGCUGUAGCUGUUGUCAUUCGGUGAGCUCAAAUCAUGAGAGAUUUUGGGCUAUUAAUGGUGUAAAUGUAUAACUGAAACCGGAGCAGCUGGAUAACAUCUGUCUGCACACAAACACGGGCUCCUGAGGCUUCGUCGGGACGGAGAGGUAACUUAAUAUGACAGAAAACCUGCAGCAGAAUCUCAUCACAGAGCCUGAAAGAGUGUCAGAUUCAUAGAUCAGUAGCUAAUAGAUGUGUGUCGAGCACUAGCAGUACAUACGCUCAGUCUUUGCAAGAUCUCGGAUGUCUAGCAGCUCGCAGCGCGUCGUGUAGUCCGGCUUCCGCGUGUUCAGAGUUCGGCUCGGUUCUGGUUCUGGUUCUGGUUCAGUAUGUUUGUGCUGGUGGAGAUGGUGGACACGGUCCGGAUUCCGCCCUGGAGUUUCCAUCGGCAGCUGAACGAAGCGAUCGCCGAAGAACUCAACAAGAAACUCGCCAACAAGGUGGUGUAUAAUGUGGGCUUGUGUGUCUGUCUGUAUGACGUCACUAAACUGGAGGACUCCUUCAUCUUUCCUGGAGACGGAGCGUCUCAUACUAAAGUUCAUUUUCGAUACGUGGUUUUCCACCCGUUCCUGGAUGAGAUUCUGGUUGGGAAGAUUAAAGGCUGCAGUGCUGAAGGUGUUCAUGUGAGCCUCGGAUUGUUCGACGACAUAAUAAUCCCACCAGAGUCGCUACAGCAGCCGGCUAAAUUCGACGAGGCGGAGCAGCUGUGGGUGUGGGAGUACGAGACGGACGAGGGCGCUCACGACCUCUUCAUGGACCGGGGCGAGGACAUCCGCUUCCGGGUGGUGGACGAGGUCUUCAUCGACACCUCACCCACCGGCCCCAGCACAGAGAAGGAAGCUCCCAGCGCAGCCACAGCGCCACCUGCAGGAGCGGAGGACAGCGCGCCGCAGAAAGAGGCUCCGUACACACUCAUAGGAUCUGUAAGUGAACCAGGUCUGGGUCUUCUGUCCUGGUGGAACAGUUAACAAUAUCUUUGUGUUGUAAACCUCAGCUGAAACUUCUCAUAACACUCACUGAAGCUCUGUGGAGCAAUCAGUGAGCAGCUGGUGUUGUAGUUUUGCUGUUUUUUGGAGGAUUGUGAUAUUUUGAGUCUAAUUAAAGACUUGCUGUGUCCUACAGAGUUGACUUUAUAGAAAACAAAAAUGUGUUUAGUAAAUAUUUUCUUUCUCACUCUGAAUGGAAUAUUUUUGUGUGAUCAUGUAUAUAUGGUUUUU